AUGUUUGCAACAACAGCACCAAACUCGUUAGUCAUGAACCCAACUUCAAUGUUAGUAGAGAUGAAAAGCUUCAUUCCUUCUUCAUAUACUUUCGAAACAGAAAUCCAGAAGAUAAAGCAAGAACUUCUCCAAGGAGAUUUAGACUGUAGUGCAAAAGAUGAAACAAAUGAACAGUAUCUUUAUGAAAUGCAAGAUAUUAUAGACCAUUUGCCUAAACUUCCUGAAAUACAACAACAAAAACUCACUAUUCCAGAAUUCGAUGAAAUUGAAGUCAGACUGACUGACUCAGUAGAAAUAAAGAAGUUCAUACGAAAGGUAAACUAUGAGUUUCUUGGAUUUCAUUGCAACCACAAAGUCAUUGACAUAUAUAAAUCUGAAGAAUUUAAGACCUACGACAACUUUGUUUCGUUAGUUGCUGAGUGUGUCUUGCAGAUAAGAGAUAAAGAUAGAAGAGGUAAGGUAUGGAACCAACAGAUAAAACCAGCAACCUUUGAGUUAAAGAAAACCAUCUACGCCUUAGUCAUACUAGCAGGACAAAUUUCAGAAUAUAACGCAAAAAUGAACUCACAAUGUUCUAAAUGUAAAGCAGCAAAGGAAAUAUAA